UGACAAGGGAAGUAGAGACACAUUAACCAUUGUUUGGGGGCUGAAACUGAAAACAUGCAUAUGCAUGGAUUCAGAGCAUGGGUUGCUCUACGCUCUAUUUCAAUUUGUAAAUCAAAGUGGCAUCAUCACCAUUCCCAUGAAGGUGGAAUCCAAUUCUCUCGAAAUCUCACCACCACAACAACAGGUUCUAAUUUUAUGGAACCUGUAGUUGGAUCAUCAAUACAAAUGCAAAUUGUCAAAGCACUGCGCUCCGGUGAGAGAAGAAAAGCUUCAGAAUUACUUUUGGAUUUUGGUUACAAAAGUCACCCAUUAACAUCUGAUGAUUUUGUUGAUAUUUUCAAGUACUGUGCACGAUCUCCUGAUCCAUUGUUUGUUAUGGAGAUGUGGAGAUUAAUGGAGUUAAAAGAUGUUAGCAUGAAUUAUAUAUGCUUCGUUCUUAUGAUGCAGGCCCUAUGUAAUGGGGGUUACUUGGAAGAGGCCUUUAAUAUGAUGGAUUUUCUUGGAGAAAGUCAACGUCUGCAUCCACUUCUCCCUUUGUGCAAUAGUCUCUUAAGAUCCUGCACGGAAAUGCAGAGUAUAAUUCAAGCAAGCAAAUGUUUAGACUUGAUGGAAAAGCUGAUGGUGGGAAAGAGUGAAGUUACAUAUACUGAGCUUGUCAAGCUUGCAGUUUUGCAGAAAAACUUGCCUGCAGUCCAUCUAAUUUGGCAGGAGUAUAUUAAACACUACAGUAUGAGUAUCCUUCCUCUCCGUAAAUUCAUUUGGUCAUUCACAAGGUUGGGAGAUUUAAAAUCUGCAUAUAAAACACUGCAACAAAUGGUGUCAUUAGCCAUUGGGGGAAACAUUUCUAUUGCUAGAACAGUUAAUGGGAAGUUGUAUUCUACUAGAUUGGACAUCCCUGUACCUCUAAAUAGAGAGCUAGGCUCAACCGUAUUGGACUUGAAGGAAACCAAGCAACCGGACUCUUGUAUAUGCCCUCCUUCUAUGUAUUUCCCUGAUUCUAUUUCUGCAAGUAUAGGGCCGCAAAUUAUUCGCGUGGGAAAUAAAAAAGCAAAGAAUUCUAAAAUAGAUGGGCUGAAUGGACAAAAACACCCAUUGCUUAUGAAAAUUUUGAGGUGGUCCUUUAAUGAUAUAAUACAUGGGUGUGCAAAACAAAAGAAUUAUGCGCUUGCAAGGAAGCUUAUGUUACAGAUGCAAAAUUUUGGUUUGCAGCCAUCCAGCCAUACAUAUGAUGGCAUUGUUAGAGCAGUUGUUUCUGGAAGAAGUUUUAGGCAUGGCAUGCGAGUGCUAGAAAAAAUGCAGCAGAAGAAUUUGAAGCCAUAUGAUCCAACUCUAGCUACACUUUCAAUCAGUUGCAGCGAAGCAAUGCAACUAGAUUUAGCUGAGGCUUUGCUGAAUCGGAUUUCUAAAUGUCUAUAUCCACAUCCUUACAAUGCUUUGCUAGCAUCAUGUGAUGCACUGAAUCAGCCUGAACGUGCUGUGCGAGUGUUCGCCAAAAUGAAGCAGAUUAAAGUUUUACCUAAUAUCAGGACAUACGAGCUUUUAUUUUCGUUAUUUGGUAUAGUAAAUGCCCCAUAUGAAGACGGUAAUAUGCUGUCACAGGUGGAUGCUGCUAAAAGAAUAAAUGCUAUAGAAAGGGAUAUGGCCAAAAAUGGCAUUCAGCAUAGUCAUCUUUCAAUCAGAAACUUGUUGAAAGCCCUUGGACAAGAAGGGAUGAUGAGGGAGCUGAUCCAGUAUUUACACGUGGCAGAGAAUCUUUUUAUUUAUAGAAACCCUUCGUUGGGAACAGAUAUGUACAACAUAGUGUUGCAUUAUCUUGUUGAAGCCAAAGAAUGUCACAUGGCAAUUGAAAUUUUCAAAAAGAUGAAGUUAUGUGGCUGCCAUCCUGAUUCCGAAACAUACAAUAUAAUGAUUGACUGUUGUAGCGUCCUAAGUUGUUACAAAUCUGCUUCUUUGCUGAUUUCGGUGAUGAUACGUGAAGGGUUUUGUCCAAUGACUUGUACAUAUACUACUCUCAUUAAGAUUUUGUUGGAAAAUGAGAACUUUAAUGAAGCCCUGAAUCUUUUCGAACGAGUUAGAUUGGAUGGCAUCCAACUUGAUGUACUAUUGUUUAAUACAUUUCUUCGAAAAGCAUGUUACCAGGGAAGGAUUGACGUAAUUGAGUUUAUUGUGGAGUGUAUGCACCGAGAGAAAAUUCAGCCUAAUCCAGCAACAUGCGGCUAUGUCUUCUCUGCAUAUGUAAACUCUGGUUUUCACAAUACCGCAAUUGAAGCAUUGCAAGUUUUAAGUUUGCGUAUGAUGUCUAUAGAUGGCAACAUACUUAGACAGAAGAAAAAUUUUGUGGAUGAAUUCAUCCUUGCUGAAGAUUUGGCUGAUGAGUCACAUAUACUUAAAUUAUUUGAAGAUUCUGAAGAUGUACUUGUAGUUGGGUUGUUGAAUUUAAGAUGGUCUGUUGUAGUUGGAUUCCCAAUCUGCGAAUCAGCUGAUCAAAGCCUAUGGGCUAAAAGACUCGAAUUACAAUUCCUUAAGAAGAGGCUAGUGGGUAGUUCCUUAAGAGGAGAGCAAUUGUGAGCCUUUUUGUUCUAUCAAGAUACCCUCUUGUGGAUACAGUUGCUUGAUGGUUUUAAUGGAGACAAUCUCCUUGGUUAUUGAACUGUGUUAUACAUACGAUAAACAGGUUAUGCUGCUACAUGUGAAUUUUCUUUAGGGAAGCCUCCAUAAAAGGUUGGGGUUUCAGUAUUGGGGAAACACACGAAGACGCUAAUAUCAUGUCUGGUGUCAAGUGUUGACAUUGUCCUUGCUGCAGCAUUGCGCAGGUGAUCAAAUUUUCAAAGAUAUUUUAGGGGACAAGUUCUGAUCAUUUUGGAAGAUGCUGAAGUUCUCUGAUAUGUAUUAUUAUGUAUUUUUAGCCAAAUAACAAAAACAAUAAAUUGUCAAAUUAAUAAUAUAUGAUUAUGACCAACUAUUUGAGAUUUAUUU